AUGAGCAAUGCUUUGACAUCGUUUGGGGGGUCGUGCCAAAGCAGCUCUGAGAGGCUGUGCCUGCAGUCGUGGGAAGCAGCAGCAACGGAGGAGGAGGAAGCAGCAGCAAAGGGGGGGUUGCAGGCAAGUGGUGGCAGCAAGAUGGUGGCAGGGGGAACAGAGGUGGCGGUACACCAUGCCAAUGCAUACUGACAGAAAACAACAAUACUGCAUGUAAUCUAAUCACAAGAUGGGACUGUGGGGACAGGUGUGCUAGCUUCACUGCCCCUGUCAUCUUUCUCAUCACCCUCCAUGAGCUGGAGAGCCUCUUGCACUCAUGAAGGUUCCCAAUACAUUUUAGAACCCUCUCCGCUUGCUCAAGAAGCAUGAGUUGAGAUGGAUACAGAGAUACAGAGGCACUGUUCUCUGUCGUGAGCGCUGACCUCAGCAGAGAGGAUGGCCUCAUUCAUUUCUAGGCCACAUGCUAAUGGUGGGCAGGGGCACAGAUGAAAGUGGUUGGAGCAACUAAUGCACACACCUCUCUCUGUCCUUCAUCCAAGCAAGCUAGAGGUGUUAUCAGAACUCAAUGAUAUGUGCCAGUCAGGCAAAAAUGCCCAAGGAGGGUGAAAAGUGGGAUUAGUGAGUGGAAGAGACUUGAGGGCCAGAUAGAGAGCCCUGGAGGGCCACUUGUGGUCCCUGAGCCUGAGCUUCCUACCUCUGUGCUAGGACAUCUAAACUGGAAUCCUCAGAUAUGAGUUAGGUACUGUAACAAUGGGCUUCUCUUGUGCUACUUGCUUUCUAGCCCUGAGGGCAAUUCUCACUAAGAAUUCUCAGGGUCAUCCCCCGAAGAAGGGGAGACCAGAAGUGCAUCGCUGGGUGGGGUGGAGCAGAUGGGACACUGUUGCUUACUGGGAAGCAACAACAACUUAUUAUUUAUACCCCACCCAUCUGGCUGGGUUUCCUCAGUCACUCUAGCAGCUCCCAACAAAAUUAAAAACACAAUAAAACAUCAAACAUUAAAAACUUCCCUGAACAGGGCUGCCUUCAAAUGUCUUCCAAAAGUCAGGUAGUUGUUUAUUUCUUUUACAUCUGAUGGGAGGGCGUUCCACAGGGCGGGCGCCACUACCGAGAAGGUUCCCUGUAACCUGCCUGGUUCCCUGUAACCUCACUUCUCGCAGGAAGGGAACCUCCAGAAGGCCCUCAGAGCUGGACCUCAGUGUCCGAGCUGAACAAUGGGGGUAGAAAUGCUUCUUCAGGUAUACUGGGCCGAGGCUAUUUAGGGCUUUAAAGGACAACACCAACACUUUGAAUUGUGCUUGGAAAUGUACUGGGAGCCAAUGUAGAUCUUUCAGGACCGCUGUUAUACAGUCUCAGCGGCGGCUCCCAGUCACCAGUCUAGCUGCCGCAUUCUGGAUUAAUUGCAGUUUCUGGGUCACCUUCAAAGGUAGCCCCAUGUAGAGUGCAUUGCAGUAGUCCAAGCGGGAGAUAACUAGAGCAUGCACCACUCUGGGUGAGAGACAUGGCAGUGGGGAGUCUGGCACACAGCAAAUGCACUGGCAGGAGGGCUGGAUCAGCUCCACCAGUGUGACAGCACUGCAUCUACCACCCCACCUCAUCUCUCCUUCUCUCAUCAACCCACCUGUCAGGAAGCUAGUGCAGCAGCUCUGCUCAACACAGCAAACCACUUCUGAGGGACUCCUGGCAGUCUCACACACAGCUUUCUGACUCCCAUAAUGGCCUGAUGUAGUACUGAGGGAGAAAAACAGGGGAAUUGUUAUCCUGUGGAUAUCCCUUUGCUCUCAUGUAUUUUGCUGGCCUGGGAAAGAAUUGUGCUCAUAUAAAUGAUCCUGGGGAGCAGCUCAAAAGCUGAGCAGGUAUCAAAGCCUGACAGUCAAGGCCAGCCUGAAUAGAAAUAUCUUACAACAUGUCUAAAAGAUGUUCAGGCUUUUGGCAAAUUUCCAUAAGGGAGGGAGUUCCAACAUAUGCUCCUUAAAUUCCAGCCUUGAAAAUGUCUUCUCUUUUUUCAAAAGCAAAUGCCAGGCAGUACACGAUGCACUACCUUGUUAAAAUGAAAAAAUAAAAUAUAAUGUAAGCCCUCACAGAGUCGAACAGAGAACAACAAAACAAAAAGGCAUUGAGUUGUACACAAGUAGGUUAUACUGAGUGUGGACCCAUUGAAAUUUUUAAACCUAAGUUAGCCAUUAUUUUCAGUAGGUCUGCUGUAAGUAGAAUACAACCUAAUGCAAUUUGCCGGUGCACUGGCAAGUGGACUAGCACCCCCAACAGAUAGAAUAUUCAAAGUGAGUACAAAAAGUAAUUUGCUACCUACCUAUCCAUCAUGGUUCUGCCCCAUUGGGUAGUGUUUCAGCAGGGUGAUUUUAUAGAAACAGAGACAUGUUUCUAGACCUCAUGGCUGUAAAAACAGGUGAAAUGUACAAAACCAAAAAGGGGGUUUAUUGGGAUUGCCUUGGGGGGGCAGGGGGUUGCUUUUGUGCCUGAAUAACUGCUUCCCCUCUCCCACAACUAGCAGAGACAGAAUAAAAUAUGCAAAACAAACAAAUGUGUAUACAAGUGUAGUGUAUCAGUCAAAUCAUUUAGCUGCUGAAAGCAGACUUUAUUUUUUGUUCAGAAUGUGUACACCUUUUGAGUAUCAAGAAUCUUGCAUCCAUAUGAGAUUGCACAUGCUAUACAACCAGCUACUGGGGUUCUGCUCUUUGGCUCAUCAAUAAAAGCUUUUUGGUAGUGGCCAAAGUCACUCUCCUGGGAAAUAUAUAUGGUGCCAUCUUUUUUCCAUUUGUAAGGGGUGUGGUGAAUGGGAAAGGCACUUUAAAAAAUAAAAAUCAUGAGAUCCAGUCAGAAAUCUUCUAUCCAGAGUUUUUGUAUCACAUGAGCGCUGGCCCCAAAAUCAGAAAGGGAGUGAUGUCAAAUGGCUCAGGGUCAACAUUGAUUCUGACAAUAGAGGGAUGCUGAUACAGGGCAAAGACAAUCAAAUCAAGUACCUUGACUGAGAGUCAAAGAACAGAGUAAAGUGAGGGCCAACCUCAGCAAUAUGUUAGCUUCUAGUAUAUUGGUAGUGGGAAUUUAGAAUUAGAUUUCAUAGAUAUGUUCUGGCCAGGCAAAAAAACAUCCAAAGGGGAUACAAAGCAAAGGGCAGAGGGGUUUGUGGCUUGGGGAGAGUCCUAGGGACCAGUUACAAAGGACUGGAGAGCCACACUGACCCACAUGCCUGAGCUUCCCUAUUCCCAGAUUAGUUCCUCUAGCCAAAGGGACCUUGGGGCUUAUGCUUAUCAAAUAGAAGUUCUGCUGCACCAGGUAUGCUUGGGCACUCCUAAAAUAGCUCUUUGGAUUUUUGCUGUGGUCUAUGCUUAGUGUUGCUUGCAAAACAAACCAACACACACACAAAAAGAGCUGAUUAAUUCCUGUGCAAACAUGCCAACAAGUUGUCAGCUUUAACUUAUUGCAAUUAGGGGGUCAACCUUUUAUGUUUUCUCCCUGUGUUCCUUUGUCUCCUGUUACACUUUUUACAGAACUGGAUUGUGUUGAAGCAGAUGUUGCUAAGGAAAAGCUCAUUCAGAGGGAAACCAGUUCUGCAGAAAGUAGGGGACCAGAUGGGAUAUCUGCAUGGCUCCAGAACUGUGCUCUCUGGCCUGCACUGAAACCCUGAUGGACACUCCUGCUACUGAGCACUCUUUGGUCUUUUCCCUCCCAGAUAAAAGAAGACAGCAAGGAAAGCAACAAUCAGGAGGAGGAAGAAGUCGAGACAGUAGAUGAUACUUACAUGGUGAUGAUGAGCUCAGAAUCUCUCUGCAAUGGACUUUGUACGUUUCUGGUAUAGAGUUCUCCAACACUGCUUGUUCUCCACAGUGACAAUAUAAAUUUAUAUGUCCUAAUGUGUACAUCCACAGGGAAGAGCUACAGUUUUGUGAGCAGCUUCUACCUUAAUUAAUUUAAAGCACAUUAGCUUUUUGCCAUUAACCAUUUUCUUCUCCCCUUGAGCACACUCCAUCCUCUGGUAUUCCUGGUGUUUUACCACUAGCAUCCCUUGCGCUAAACUGCACACAAGCACCAGGACUCCACAGGUACUCCAGUGGCCGUCUUGAAGACCAUCGCUCCUUAUCUGAGUCUAGAAAGGAGCACCUUUGGCUAUGUAGCAAAAGGAGGCUGGUACCAGUCCCUCCUUUGGACUAACCUAGGUUCCUCACUGCACUGCAUUGUCAAAACAGCUGUCAGGAAGUCCAUGUGCCUGGCAGCCAGUCCUAACCAGCUCCCCAGGAGUUCCCAAAGGGUCAUCCACUUCGGGUGGUCUGUGAAGAACCCCUACCAUCUGAAUUCGAUGGAAUUCGAUUUGUGAUACUGUAAGACAGAAUAUAAGAAGUAAUAAUAAUAAUAAUAAUAAUAAUAAUAAUAAUAAUAAUAAUAAUAAUAAUAAUAAUAAUAAUAAUAUUUAUACCCCGCCCAUCUGGCUGGGUUUCCCUGGCCACUCUGGGUGGCUCCCAGCCGAAUAUUAAAACGCAAUACAGCAUUAAACAUGAAAAACUUCCCUAAACAGAUGUCCCUUCAGAAUUCUUUUGAAAGUAAGAUAGUUACUUAUUGCCUUAACAUCUGAUGGGAGAGUGUUCCCCAGGGCAGGUGCCACUACCAAGAAGGCCCUCUGCCUGGUUCCCUGCAACCUCACUUCUCACACACAGUGAGGGAACCGCCAGAAGGCCCUCAGUGCUGGACCUCAGCGUCUGGGCUGAACAAUGGAGGUGGAGACACUUCUUCAGGUAUACAGGACCGAGGCCAUUUAGGGUUUUAAAGGUCAGCACUGACACUUUGAAUUGCGCUUGGAAACAUACUGGAAACCAAUGCAGAUCUCUCAGGACCAGUGUUAUAUGGUCUCGGCAGCCACUCCCAGUCACCAGUCUAGCUGCCGUAUUCUGGAUUAAUUGCUGAGUCACCUUCAAAGGUAGCCCCAUGUAGAAUGCAUUGCAAUAGUCCAAGCGGGAGAUAACUAGAGCAUGCACCACUCUGGCGAGACAGUCUGCGGGCAGGUAGGGUCUCAGCCUGCUUACCAGAUGGAGCUGGUAGACAGCUGCCCUGGACACAGAAUUGACCUGCACCUCCAUGGACAGCUGUGAAUCCAAAAUGAUUCCUAGGCUGUGCCCCUUGUCCUUCAGGGGCACAGUUACCCCAUUCAGGACCAGGGAGUCCUCCACACCAGCCUGCCCCCUGUCCCCCAAGAACAGUACUUCUGUCUUGUCAGGAUUCAACCUCAAUCUGUUAGCUGCCAUCCAUCCUCCAACCGCCUCCAGACACUCACACAAGACUGGUUCUGAUUUAAAAGAGAGGUAGAGCUGGGUAUCAUCCGCAUAUUGAUGAACGCCCAGCCCAAACCCCCUGAUGAUCUCUCCCAGCAAUAAAAUGCAGUUUAAAAGUAUACAGCAUCUAUGCUACAAACAGGCAGUGAAAUCACUAAGAGGUCUACCAAGACCCAUAGCCAUUUUCCAGUGGUUCAUGGGUGGUGGGGAGCCACUUUAUUAUAUCUUUAUAAUGACCCUUAGUUUUGCCACUGUUGGUAGUCGGCCAGACCUCUCAAAUGAAGCCAGUGCCAAGUAGCUGGGUCAUAUCCCAGCCUCAGAUGUCGGCAGUUCAGCUAUCAAUGGGCAAAGACAUUGUUAACUGCAGCUGCAAGCAAAUGGAAUGUACGAGGGGCAUCAUUUCAUCCAAAAUAGAGACUGUCUCUAAAAAAACCCAACUAUGUGGAAGCCAUUCGCCUUCCCCACUACCCUGGAUGGCUUCAUCCUUUAUAUGUGUGCUCAGUGAGACGCCAGGGCCUCACAAACCCAUUAAAGGACCAUCUUUGCAGCAAUUCCAACAUUUCUUCUCCUAAGGGCAACAUUUAUUCCAUGUUAAAGAAUGCCAAAUGAUAAGCUGGCGAGUCACAGUCUAUUAAAAAUAUAUAACCCCAUACAGCUGCAUAAGUUAUAGCCUGCUCGACUCACUCCUAUGUGCUGUGCUGCAUUCAUAAUCGAGCAAUUUGAGCUCGGAGUGGGGGGGCGCAUGAAGGGGAGCAGACACAGUUCUGGGUUUCCACCACCAUUUGGAGAAAGCCUAGCAUUAUCACACGCAUGAAUAUGUUACACAGGAAAGUUACAAAAUCUAAUGGAAACCUCCACCAUUCAUUUAAUAAAUAUUUUAGGUGCUUUUUCACUGGAGUUAUACAUGUGUCAGCUUUUCCACUGUAUUAGUUCAUGAAAGUUUUAUAAGCAGUGCUGCCGUUGCUUCAGUGGAAAUCUGUGAAAUAUGAAAUGUUUCCAGAUGGCAUACUGUAUUUUAAAACGAAAUAAUGAUAAUAUGUCCUCCUCAGCAUUACCCGCCAGGCCAAACCCAAGAGAACAGCCUGGAGCCUGCUGGAAAAUCCAGAAGGAUUCAAGAAUGGUUGGUGAUGGAGAAGAACAGGAAAGAGAGGCUAAAACAGGAGGAGGAGAAAAUAAAUUAGGGGGAAAUCCACAAUGCUCAAGUGAGGAGGAGGAGGAGGCUCCUAAAGGAAGAAGCAGAAAUGUGGUCUACCCUGAGAGGCCACCUUUGCCGCCUCGAAUCCCAGUUACCACCGCAAGACAAGAUGAGGUUUUCAACUGGACCCCAGGUACGGAGUCAUGAAAGCAAACAAAUCCUCAAUAUUUGCAGUAUUUAUUUAAUUAAUCUAGAUAUUUCUGUGCUACCAUUUUAUGCUGCCUGUUGCUGGGGAUGGAAACAGACUACCAUGAGCACAUGGCACCAGCAUUAAAAGCCUGCAGUAACUUCCCAACUGCUUUGGGGCCAUGUUCAAGGUUCUUACACUCGUGUAUAAAGCAACUUUGGCCCAGGAUUGCCUUCACCAGUAUGCCCCAAGUUGAUCACUGAGUUUGCCUGGGAGAGCACCAGUAGCAUUCCUGCAUUGACCGGAGCACGACUCUAUGGAAUUCUCUCCCAUUAGAAACCAGGCAGAAACCAUUCCUGCUAAGGGUCAGACAUCGGGUUAAAGUGGUUUCAUUUCAGGAAGCCUUUGCACUGUGAAUGCUGUACCAGUGUUCUGCUCUCUGAUGUUUAAAACUCAUUUUAAAUUUUGCAUGUUGUACAUUUUAUUUUUUCUGCAUUGAGACAUGAAAUAUACUUGGAGUCGAGAGUGGAUUUCAUGCUCUUUAUUCAGCUCAUAGUGGUGAGGAGGAAUGGAAGUUCCCCCAGAAUGUCUGCUUUAUAUACAUUAUUUACACAAUGGGCCCCACAUGAUUGGCUAAUUCCGGGAUUCUCCUAUAGGCCAAUCAGAUUGCGGAUUCACUUCCACCUGGAGCUGAAUUGGGUGGCUCUUGUGAACCAAUCAGACUGCUGCAUUCUGGAUCCUAUUGUUCUAGGACCAAUCAUACUGCUGCAUUUUGGAUCCUAUUCAACUCAGUACAUAACAAGACACAUGGUGAAAAGUGAGGUCUGCACAUGUGAAACAUUUAAUGCCCUCCCACAGGGGCCUCCUCUGUAGUAGCUCCUUGUUUAUUAAAUUCUCUCCAUAGGGAGGUCUGCCUGGCACCAACCUUGUCCCUGUGCCAGUGUUGACUGGGCUAUCUACACAAUGCUGUCAAUGGGGUCACCCAGUGUAAAGCAGAGUAAUUUUAGAACAGGAACAGGGAGCCAGAUCUUGUUCGACUUCAUCCCCUAUCAGCUCCAUCCACCAUAGCUAAUGGUCAGGGGCAACAUGUGUUGUAAUUCUGCAAUAUAUGGUGGCCUCCAAGUUUCUGAAUGCUAUUGUACAUGGGUAGGCAAACUAAGGCCCGGGGGGCCGGAUCCAGCCCAAUCGCCUUCAAAAUCCAGCCAGCGGACGUUCCAGGAAUCAGCGUGUUUUUACAUGAAUAGAAUGUGCCCUUUUAUUUAAAAUGCAUCUCUGGGUUAUUUGUGGGGCCUGCCUGGUGUUUUUGCAUGAGCAGAAUGUGUGCUUUUAUUUAAAACUCAUCUCUGGGUUAUUUGUGGGGCAUAGGAAUUCGUUCAUUUCCCCCCUCAAAAUAUAGUCCAGCCCCCCACAAGGUCUGAGGGACAGUGGACCGGCCCCCUGCUGAAAAAGUUUGCUGACCCCUGCUAUUGUAGAAAAUCUCACCUGAACCAGCCCUAUCAAUAUUGGAUCUAGAUAUAGAUAUAGAUACAGGUAUAACUGGUUCACAUAAACCAAUAUAACAAUGGAGCAUAGAAAUGCGCAAAGUGUUGCGACAAAAUAGUCUGGAGUCUUUUUAACUGCCAUAAAAUAUGGUGGGUGCUGCCGCCCAUGAUAAAGAUACUGCUCUCUUGCCAAAUCACCUUUUGCGUGGCUUGUGCCCUUGAAGUGCCACUGUUCCCACAAGAGCAGCCGACAGAGGAGGGGAGAAGGGAUCAAAGGAUUUAUUGGAAAGGGUUUGGAAUGGCUCGUCGGCCCGCCAAACUGGCACAUGGCGACGCCACACAUGAAUAAUUCUAUUGCAUCACGGACGUGUCUCUAAGCAGGCAGACGUGCGCACUAACUCCAGGCAGUGCCAGUUAAUAUCCUGGGGAUGAAGCUGAAUCCCUCUGAAGCGCUUUCUGUAUGAAUCUUUCAGUUUAAUUGCGCUGUGUUUCUGUGAAGCAUUAGGUUGGUUUCAUCUUUGGGAGGGGUGCGAUCGUUUCUUUUUCAAAGAGAAACUGUAAUGAGUCAUCCAUCCACAUUCUUUAGAGAGUCAUUUGCUGCAGGUACUGCAAGAGAAUAGCUGCAGAGCAACCUGGAGUCAACCCACCGCUGCCAUCCUUCCCGGGAAAGGUUUGUUUGCCAGUGGCAUGAGUGCCCCCUGUAGAAGCCGGGAGGUCAGAAUGCUAACAUAGUGGAAUAAUAAUAAUAAUAAUAAUAAUAAUAAUAAUAAUAAUAAUAAUGGCAAGUUGGGAAGGGUCUCUUCUUCAUAUGAAACACAGGAUGCCACACUUGUUUUAAUUUGCCUUUCGUUAACAGUCAGCGAGGAAAUAUCUCUGAAUGUAGGUCUUUUCUGCAUCCAAUGGGUUUACUGUCCGUGUUGCUGUGUAUGCAGUAGCUGAACUGUAUGAAUGGGCACCUUGAGCUUCUUUCACACAAACACGUGUACAUAGAAUCAUAGAAUUGUAGAGUUGGAAGGGACUGCGAGGGUCAUCUAGUCCAAACACCUGCAAUGCAGGAAUCUGGGCUUACUGAGAAUGGUUUUUGCAGAAUUUCUAUGUCAACAGUACAAAAUAUCUGCCCUGGUGAGACUCAGUCUCCCAGAAUCUUAAUUCAACCAGAAGCCCCUGUUCAUACAAAUUAGUACAGCAUACGCAAUUUUUAGGCAAAUUUGUGUUUCCCAAAAGUCCUUAAAGUACCCAGCAAUGACUGUGUUUUUCGCACUGUCUAACAUCCUCACUACUCUUUUGAGCUUAAAGCGAGACACACACCUCUCCAGAUUACACAAUUAUAAGGAGCCCAUAAUAUUUUUUUUAGCAUUUAUAUAGCAGUUUACAAGAGUUCAUCCCGAUGAAUUUGUAUUGUUUUUAAAAGGCCAUUUUGCCUCUAAUAGAAAUGGCAGGCAACUGUGGUCUUAAGGGAAUAAAUGUGAUUUUGAGCUGUCCAAUUUAUAGAGGUAUACGUGGUCUCUGUAUGCAACGUGCAAAGAUUUUUACUAAGGCUUAUUUUAACAGGCAUAUGGUGGUGUUUUCAUUCACCCUGGAAACCCAGGAGCCUGGAUAAUGAUGUUGCUGUUGUGCGUGUUUUGUAGAAUGGGAAGCAGAGAAAGAACAAAAGAAAACCGAUGAGAUACACGAGGAGGAGAAAGAAGAAGGUGAAUCUGAGAAAUCAGAAGAGGAAGAUCCAUACAGCUCUGCUCUUGUGGAUGAUGGUGUGUACGAUAUCAUUUUUGACAACGACAACAAAGAGCGAAGAAAAGGUGGCAGGUCCUUUAUUAUGAACCGGCCACCAGCGCCCACACCUCGUCCUUUGUUUGCACCUACAAAAGAGGAGAGCACUCCUUACAUAGCACAAGGUAACUUUUGUUUGCCAUUCACUUUUCAUAAAGUUCCAUUAAUGCCCAGCGAAUAUCUGUUGUAAAUAUACAGAAUAAUCUCAGUCUAACAUUCUUUGUACAUUCAUGUUCAGCUCUUUGCAGAAAAACACAACACAUAAAAACCUUAAAUAUUAUGGUUUUGUUAGUGGAUAAAGAGUUAUUAUGGGUUGGAAGGCAGAGCUAUGUGUCCCUUAACGCCUGCUCAGGAUAUUCUCUUGUUGCCAGUGAUGAAGUAAGAUUCAGGCACCAAAGCAUUUUUGGUUAACUCUGCUUUUUAAACUCUAUUCAGACCAGCCACAGGCUCCAUUAAGUGCCUAUCAGGAGUCCACCCAUAACGUAGAGUACCCAAUGCUAGAAUCCAGGCGUUAUUGUUAUUAUUAUUUAUUAAAUUUACAUACUGUCCUUCAUCCAAAGAUCACAGGGAGGUUUGCAACGUAACACAACAGCAUUGAUUUGCUGCAGUGGCAAAUCCUUGAGGAACAGGAAAAGAGAAAGCAUCAGUGCAGACUGGAAACAAGCAAGUUGAAUAAUGUUUCUUAAUUUUAUUUUAUUUUUAAAGACCCCUGAGAAUUUCUAAGGUACUUACAUCAGUUUUAUACCAGUUUAACUGUCAUGAUUUGGUGCCAGAGGCACCAUAUAGACCAUGUUAAGAAUCAUUAACUGGAUAUUCCUAGCUCACUUAAGGAACUACACUUCACAAGGCCUUUGGGAGAAAGCUUUUUUCCCCCUUUUUUUGCACUGAAAACAUCAGCGGAUGAUCUGUAAACAGAUUCUCAUUUAACAAGGAGUUUGGCAGUGAAUCUGGGGGUGGUAGUUAUCUCAAGGCUGUCAUUUAUGCGUAAUUAGCUAGCAAAAGGCAAUGAACAAUUGAAGACUAAAUGUCUCAGUUCAGGAAAUGGAGUAAGAUGAGAUCAAGCUUUCUCAGCCUGGUGUCGUCUUGGUGUUUGGGAUUAUAAUUCCCAUCAUCCCCAACCAGCAAGGCUACACAUACGAAAAUGGUUAAAGCAGGGAAAUGUUUCCCCACCAAUGUUUAGUUCAAUUUGCAAUAAUAUCAGGUGCACAUUGCAAAACAUGUUGUCCCCUUCAGGAAAGAGUGGGAUCUAUUUCUUACUAUGUACACACCUCCCCCUGCCCUCAAUCAUUGCACCAUCUAUACUCAGAUAAAUAUUCAGUAACAUAGGAAAAUUUCAUCAAGACGAAGCCACGCCGUUGUGCCAAAUGGCUUUAUGUCCAGAUGGCGUGCACUCUCGACGCGCUUCCUUCCUGUUCCUUGGCUUCUUAAUAUUCCUCACCAGGUUAUUUCAAUAUGCUUCCAAUUACACAAUGUCAGAAUAACUGUUAAAUAAAUGCAUGAGAGCAUUUUGUUUCAUAGCACAUAGCAAAAGGUUUGUGCUCAUUAAAGGCACAGGCUCAUCCGCCCUGGAGACUGAAGUUAGCACAGCUUAACCACAGAGACAGGUGCAGUUUUGCUUACAGUGAUCUGCCAUGUAGUUCAGCUCUGACCUUAGAGAAUUGCCUCAGGCCUAAGGGGGAUACUUCAGUCUCUGUGCCUGCUGACUCAUUGGCAUCCCUGGAAAAGACUGCCAAGGAAGAAGCCUGCUUAGCGCUGUUGUAAUUCCCUGCCCCUCUCUGAUUUGCCACACAAACACAUUCCAGUAGUAAACAUACUUUACGGUAAAGUCUUCUUGCUUUCCAUGGGAUGUGCACUGCAAACCUGUGCAUGCUUUUUCAGAAGGAAGUUCUACUAUGUAUGAUGACCUCUGUCAAGAGAGAGACAAGGGAAACAUGUCCCUGUUAAUUCUUCUUGACUUCUCCAGUGUGGUGUAGUGGUUAAGAGCGGUAGACUCGUAAUCUGGUGAACCGGGUUCGCGUCUCCGCUCCUCCACAUGCAGCUGCUGGGUGACCUUGGGCUAGUCACGCUUCUUUGAAGUCUCCCAGCCCCACUCACCUCACAGAGUGUUUGUUGUGGGGGAGGAAGGGAAAGAAGAAUGAUAGCUUCUUUGAGACUCCUUCGGGUAGUGAUAAAGCGGGAUAUCAAAUCCAAAUCCAAACACUUCUCAGUGGCUUUCGAUACCAUCGACCAUGGUAUCCUUCUAGAGCAACUCUCCAAACUAGGAGUGGGUGGCACCGCUUUGCAGUGGUUCCAGUCCUACUUGGAUGGCCACUCCCAGAGGGUGUUACUUGCUUUUCAGCCCCGUGGAACCUUCAGUGUGGGGUUACACAGGGCUCAAUCCUACCCCCUACGUUGUUUAACAUCUACAUGAAACUGCUGGGUGGGGUUAUCCGGAGGUUUGGAGUGUGUUGUCAGCAGUAUGCUGAUGACACUCAGCUCUAUUUCUCCUUUACAUCUGCAGAUGAGGCAGUGGAAGUGCUGGACCAGUGUCUUGCCUCAGUAAUUGACUGGAUGAGAGCCAACAAACUGAAACUCAAUCCAGAUAAGACUGAGGGCGGGUUAGUGGGUGGUUUCCUAGACUGGAUGGGUGGGAGAUUGCCUGCUUUAGAUGGGGUUACACUUUCUCUGAAGGAGCAGGUUCAUAGCUUGGGGGCACUCCUUGAUCCUUUGCUGUUGCUUGAGGCUCAGGUGGCCUCAGUGGCCUGGAGUGCCUUCCAUCAGCAUUGGCUGGUGGCCCAGCUACGCCCCUGUCUGGACAGGGAUAGCCUAACUCCUGUUGUCUAUGCUUUGAUAACCUCAAGGUUAAAUUACUGCAAUGCAUUAUAUGUAGGGCUGCCUCUGAAGAUGGUUCAGAAACUUUAGCUGGUGCAGAAUUCAGAGGCCAGGUUCCUCACUGGAGCAAGACGGUUUGAGCAUAUUACACCGAUCCUGGUCCAACUGCACUGGCUGCAGAUUAGUUUCCAGGCCCAAUUCAAAGUUUUGACCUAUAAAGACUUAAACGGCUCAGGACCGCAAUACCUCAAGGACCGCCUCUUUUCAUAUGAACCUACCCAGACCCUGAGAUCAUAUUCUGAGGCCUUUCUUCAUGUGCCUCCUCCUCAAGAGGUCCGGAGGGUGGCAACAGAAGAACAGGCCUUCUCUGCAGUGACUCCCCAUCUGUGGAAUGCUCUCCCCAGGGAAGUUCACCUGACGCCUUCAUUAUACACCUUUAGGCACCAGGCAAAAACAUUCCUUUUUAACAAGGCCUUUGGUUGAUUUGAUUGACAUCCAAUGCCCUUUUAAAAUGUGGGGGGUUUGGGGGGGUUAUUGGGUUGUUUUUUAUUCUGAUUAUGUAUUUUGUGGUUUUAUAUUUUGAUAUUAUUCUGUGAACUGCCCUGAGACCCCAGGGUAUAGGGUGGUAUGUAAAUAAUAAUAAUAAUAAUAAUAAUAAUAAUAAUAAUAAUAAUAAUAGAAACAGAGCUUAUUCUCAAGUAACUGUACAAAAAAAUGCAGCCUCAAAGCAAAACUAGGCACUACAUUGAAUAUGUGUGAAUGCAUCCCCCAUCAACAAAAGCAGCCGUGGGAGGGGCUAACUCUUCUCCUGCCACCAUGACAAUUCCGUUAGCAAAUCACUCCAAGACAUCACACCUUAGCUGCUUUUAGGUAAUGAAGGGAAAACAUAAGCGGCCAAUACAGGCUUAUAUGCAAGCCUGGGGUCAUCUCUUGCCCCAACCCAGCAGUGACGGAUGGUCCCCAGUGGCUCAGAGGGACCCCUCACCAGUCCAACUGGGGGUAAAGGGAGGGCUACAUUGUGCAGCAAUGGUACCUUCAUAGUAAAUGGAACCAUGUUGCUAGCGUUUCUGUAGCAUUAAAAUAAGCAGCAAAAAGAAGCAGAUUGAACAACUUAACCCAGUCUCUGAGUCUGCCUUCACUGGCCCGUUCAUUGGCAUUCAGCUUUAUUUGUUGGGAUGCAAUGUGUUUCAGGGGCACAUCUCUUAACCUUCCACCCACCAGCCUGAGUUCUUGCUAGAACUGCAGUUUUAUUUUGACAGUCUGAUAGCAAGCACAUUCUCAUUCAAAGCACAAUUUCCCUUAAUGUUGUUUCAUUCACAUCGAGUGUUUCCUUCAAGUCAACAAGACUUGUAUAAUGUCAUCAAUGAUAUUUGAGGGCUUUUGUCAUAACAGGUGGUGCUUCCAAUGGAGCAAAUCAGUUUUUUGCUGCCUCAACAUCCUACAUUAGAUAGUGAAAGCUUAGAAAAUAAGAUCAGAGAGAAGGAACUGAAUUCACCAGAGUUAAUGUUUUCUGAAUGUAGUCUCUAUAGCUCUUUCUUGCUUUGGUUCACGAUAUCAUCUGAAACCAUCUCAUCUCAUUCCCAAAGCAAUUCUGCACUGAAUCAAUAUACAAUAAGGUGCUUAUGUACUGGGAACCAGAUUGAGUCCAGCAGGACUUGUGCUUGCUCAAGGAUCAGCUCUACCUGAAAUUACGGCGUCAAUUUUCAAAAGUUUCAUUGGAGUCAAUGGAAAGCUGCAGAUGACUGCCCCCACCUGCCUCCACAGCCAUAGGAAGUUGCCUUACACUGAACCACACCAUUGGUCCAUCUAGUGCAGGGUUGUCCACGUGGAUUGGCAGUGACUCUCCAGGCUUUCAAGCAUGGGUCUCUCCAAAUCCUACCUGGAGAUGCUGGGGAUUAAACCCAGGUUCUUCUCCAUACAAAGCAGUUAAGUGGAUUUAUAGCUGGUUGUUCAUGCCAUCCUGGGGAAAAAAGUGAGAAGUGGGGUGUCACAGGGUUUUGUCCAAGGCCCUGGGAUCCAGUAUGACCUUAACAGAAUGGAGAACUGGGCUGAAACUACAAAAUGAAUUUCAAUAGAGGCAGGAAGAACCAGUUCUAUACAAUCCCUUGCUUGCAAGAAGUACAUGUGAUCUCAAGGUCUUAGUAGACCACAAGCUCAACAUGAGUCAACAGUGUGAUGCAGCAGCAAAAAAAAAGUGAAUUCUAUUCUAGGUUGCAUCAACAGUUCAAGGGAAGUAAUAGUACCACUCUAUUCGGCUCUCUUGGCCAAUAAAGCGAGAUGAGCUCUGCAACCCCAGAGUCGGUCAAGACUGGACCUAAUGGUCAGGGGUCCCUUUACCUUUACUAUUCUGCCUUAGUCAGAGCACACCUUGAGUACUGUGUCCAGUUCUAGCCACCCCAGUUAAAGGAGGAUAUUGACAAGCUGGAAUGUGUACAAAGGAGGACAACCAAGAUGAUUAAGGGUCUGGAAACCAAGCCUUAGAGUUGAGGGAGUUGGGUAUCUUUGUCCCAGAAAAGAGAAGACUGAGGGGAGAUGUGAUAGAAAUCUUCAAAUAUCUGACAGCUUGUCACAUGGAAGAUGGAGCAAACUUGGGUAGGACCUAAACCAAUGGCUUCCAGUUACAAGAAAUAAGAUUCUGACUAAACAUCAUGAAGAACUUUCUGACAGUAAGAGCUGUUUGGCAGUGGAACAAACUACUUUGGAAGGUGGUGGACUCAUUGGAGGUUUUUAAGCAGAGAUUUAAGCAUCUGUCAUGGAUGCUUUAACUGAGAUUCCUGCAUUGCAGAGGGUUGUACUAGAUGACCAGGUGUAACGUCCAGCUGUACAAAUCUAUGAUUCUAUGGUUCAUCUAGUCCAAACCCCUUAUCAAUAAAAAAUGUACAGCCCAAGAUAAAACUGCACCCCCUAACAGAUAGUCAUCCAUCAGCCACUUAAGUAUCUCCAGUGGAUGAAAGAUCCUCAGCUCUUGGGCAGUAUGUUCCACUGCCAAACAGCUUUACUGCAAUUUCCACCAAUAGGUCCUCUGUGGAGCAAGAGCAGGGUCCGCUUGCCCAUGAGACAGGGUGAAACAGCCACCUUGGGCAGUGGAAGCUCAAGCGGUGGCACUCUUGGGGGCACCUCACUCAUCCCACCACUUCAGCCCCUGGUGAAGUAUCAGCAGCUUCUGACAAGAUCUUGCUGAAAUCUCACAAGAACUCAUUGAAUUCUUGCAGAAUAUCACAGAGCCCACAAGAUCUCACAGAGAGAGAACAAGUCUCCUCCAUCUUCUAUGGGGCAAUCCUUCCCUUAAUCAUCUCUUCUCCAGAUGAAACAUACCCAGCUCUUUCACCUAUUCCUCAUAGGACUUAAGUUUCCAGACCUUCAAUAUGCUGUCCAUCCACUGGAUGUGCUCCAGUUUAUCAUUGCCAAAAUCGGGUGCCUUGGCUUGUUAAGUGUUGUGAGAAAUGUCGACAUGUUUCUUCACUGUUUUCUCCUCAAAUCAUAGCAUGCCCGUGUGCCUGCUGUGUUGCAGUUUAGUUGCAUGUUUUCCUAAUUCCGUCCAAAAAAAGUGAAUAAUUUAUUUUCUCUUACCUCGCCCACUCAGAGUGUUUGUUGCCAGCUGAAAAUGAUUUUCAGCAAGACACUGAAUGUAAAGUGGUUCUAGCAAUUUGACUUUGAACAGCUGGAAAAGUAAUUCCAUUUAUUUCAUUGCUGUGGCAUUGCAAAACUCAGCAGAAAUACCCAGGCCUAUCAGUUAAAGUACUUCCUAAUCAGGGACAUUGUUGAAUGUAUCCCUGUCCUGGACCCAAUUUAUUUUCUCUUCGGGUAAUUUGUUAGAGGACACACUCUUCAUUUUCCUGCCCUUGGCCAUUAACAUUUGGCCUGCCCAUGACUUAACAUCCAUUGGGUAGGAUAGAAUUCUCUUCAAACCCUGACCCCUUUGCUGCCAGCAGUUGACACUAGACUGGCGUGAAACAUGAUGGCAUUGCAGGAGCGGCCAUGUUAGUGGGGUGGCACUGUGGAGCCUGUGACCUGGCAGUAGUGGCUGUGCCACAUACUGGGUUGAUGCGGGCAGCACAGCAAUAUGGUCCGGGCAAUGCGGACACAUCGGUGGAGACAGCCUGGCACUCCCAUUGGUUCACCUUAACCUCAUUGCUGCCCUGCCUUGCCCCCUGAGCAUAAGCAAAAUUUCCCACCAAAAUUGCAACACACUUCUCCAACCAAACAACGAAUAGAAAAAUGUGUAUAUUAGGGUAGACCAUGGGUAGGCAAACUAAGACUCGGGGGCCGGAUCCGGCCCAAUCACCUUCUAAAUCCGGCCCAUGGAUGGUAUGGGAAUCUGUGUGUUUUUACAAGAGUAGAAUGUGUGCUUUUAUUUAAAAUGCAUCUCUGGGUUAUUUGUGGGGCAUAGGAAUUUGUUCAUUUGUUUUUCUUUUCAAAAUAUAGUCUGGCCCCCCACCAGGUCUGAGGGACAGUGAACCGGCCCCCUGCUGAAAAAGUUUGCUGACCCCUGGGGUAGAGUAUGCAUACAAAUGUAUAUAUUGAUGAAAAUAACACACAAUAUAUAUUAUAUUGGGAGAGAAUUCUUGUGUCAGGCGGCAGUAAGCAACUCCCAUGGCCAGUUGCCAGGAACAUACAAGACAAGUUCUUACCAUCUGCUUUUUUUUCAAUAUUUACAGAGAGAGGCUUGGAACACAGCCUCUUGGGAUAGUGGCGCUGUCCUGAGUGACUCUUCACCCCCCUUUCCUCCCACUUCCUCUUUUGUCAUUGUCUUCAUCUCCCCUACAGGUGGCGCUGAGGGCCCUCUGCUUCUGAGCUCUUUGCUCUCCUACUUUCAAGGCUUGCCGUGUUCUGGGAGAGGGGAGUUCUGGAAUGCUUUCUAAAGACACUGUGUCCGUCAGCUGUCACCCUCCUGGUGCUUCCUCUCCCUCCUCCCCCAUUAUUUCCCUCUACCAUUCCUCUUCUGCCCAGUGCCUGACAACUUGCAAAGAUGUGCAUGUUUAUUUUUAUUUUUUGUUUAUUAUUACAUUUCUACCUCACUCAAGAAGUGUCUACAAUUCCCCCUCUUCCCAUUUUAUCCUCACAACAGCCCUGUGAGGUCGUUUAGGCCGAGAGAGACAGCAACUGGACCAAGGUCACCCAGUGGGAGUUUGAGCCCAGGUCUUAGUCCAGCACUCUAACCACUAAACCACUGCAUACAAAAAAUGGGUGUCUUGUGGGAAACAUUCCUGCUAGGAUGCUGAUGGAUUAUCAUGAGGACUUCUAUGUGUAAAAAAAAUCACAUCCUGUUGAGAAAAUGUGGAGAACUGAACUUCAGAUUUAAGAAAUGAGAAACUGAGAUAAAUCAGCAGAUUGACGGAUAUGUCCUCUCUAUUUGUUGGCACAACCAAGCUUCCUACCAUGUGUGGUCAAGUGUGGUCUGGGGCAGCGGAGAGCUGGACCAGGAAGGGGAGGGCAAGGCUGCAGGGAGGCGCUUCAGUCUGAAGAGAAUGGUGUGCAAGUUUUGUUAUGGACAAAGGAACUUCAAGGAAGAGGCGACUUAAGCUGCUCUGAAAAAAAGAUAUUGAUACACUCCAAAUCAUUCACACAGAAAAUAGUAGAUCUAUCUGAAAGGCAACACAGAGAGAUCUGCAUUACAAUGCAUCCCUAAUUAUUUUUAUUAUUGAAUGAUUAUAAGAUUAUUGUAUAAUCUAAGACGCUUGUAUAAUCUUAGUAGGGGUGUGACUUUGAGGGGGUGCGGCUGUAAGGAGGCAUGGCUGUGAGCAUCGUGAAGAGAUACUGCACUUCUGAAUUUGCCUCUGCCCAGAAGUAUUCCAAAAUAAUGCCCAUCGACACUGUGAGAGCUCAUGCUAUUUCCUUAUAAUCUGUUUUCAAGGUCCUUGGAUGCUCUUGUGAGGCACUGGAGUUCUGAAAAGUAAUCACCAUACUUAUUCUGCUGCCAUCUUUCAUUUCCUAAUUUCCUUUUCGUGUAGUUUUUCAGCAGAAGGCAACCAGAACUCAUGCUGGUAAUGAGAAGUUGCUGUGUGCUGCCAGAAAACCAGGUAUGAUGAUUUUGUUGAUUUAUAUAUCCAUAUAUAUAUAUGGUCCAGAGAGGCUGUUCAUGGCAGUAUAAUAACCCAAUUAAACAAUCUGCAAAAACUCCCAUUUGCUGGUUCCCUGACACAACUUGUGGCAGGGUAAGUUUACAUUGUCAGUCUAGGACUGGAUGUUAAAUGCAUCUAUUCUUCUACAGUCUUUUCUCAUUUCUUACUGUUCUUUGCCAGGCUGUGCUGCCAAUGGUAGCAAUCACAAGGCAAAUGUGACAGUUACAGAGCUAGAUUGAGACUUAGGGCACAAUCCAACCAGCCAGCAGAGCUUUCUCGAGGGACAGGACCAAUGCCAUAGCCACAGCCCAGCCACUCAGAGGAGGAGCAGUGGAAGGGAAGGGCAGAAUAACUGGUACAGAGAUCAGGUCCAGAUCAGGCCUGACACCAUCAUCUGAUGACAGCAAAACUGGUGCAGGAUCCAGCAGAUCCCAAACUGGCUCAGUCCCGCCUCCUCCUUUUCCUUGGAACAUCCCAUUUCAGGACUUGUUUUAGUGCUCCCCACCAGAAAUAACACUGUUAGAAAGAAUGCUAUGCUUGCUCUACUACUUUUCUACUUGCAAGGCAUUAGAAAAGGGAGCCUCCCACUUCCAGUGGUAUAGUUCUCAGUCAGGAGCUGUGCUGUGCAACUCUACUGACCACCAAGCUCAGGUCUUAAGUUCUAACUCAGAGAAUCAGAAGUUUCCAAGUGGAUGCAGUUUAGUUUUUGUAACUUCCUUUACUGGGUAAAGGUAAAGGGACCCCUGACUGUUAGGUCCAGUCGGGACCGACUCUGGGGUUGCAGCACUCAUCUCGCUUUAUUGGCCGAGGGAGCCGGCAUACAGCUUCCGGGUCAUGUGGCCAGCAUGACUAAGCCGCUUCUGGCGAACCAGAGCAGUGCACGGAAACACCGUUUACCUUCCCGCUGGAGUGGUACCUACUUAUCUACUUCACUUUUGACGUGCUUUCAAACUGCUAGGUUGGCAGGAGCAGGGACCGAGCAACGGGAGCUCACCCCGUCGCAGGGAUUCGAACCGCCAACCUUCUGAUCGGCAAGUCCUAGGCUCUGUGGUUUAACCCACAGCACCACUCGCGGACAUGACAACAAUUUAAGGAUACAGAGCUAUGCACAAUUAGCAAGGGGAAACCUCCAGUUCAGACCACUGGGACUUUCUUUUGAGCAAAUAUGUAGAGUUGGCGGUCAGCAUAUUAUCUUGUGCCCUGUUUAGGACACCACUGUGUUCAUAGCCAUUUAAUCAAUGAAAAGAGAAUUCUUGACUGUUUGUUCCAUUUUUAUGAGCAGUGAGUUUACUGUAACCUUCAAGCGGCAUUGUAACAUUUUCCUAGGAGAUGAUUAAAUAUCGGUAUUAUUGACGCUGCUGGUGCACCAAUGUCCAAGGUUACUGCUCUACAAGUUCAAAUAAUUUCUAUGCAUCAAUCACCUGCUGAAAUAAAUGCAUUUUUAAUAGGCUGGCCAAAUUCUCCAUGCUACCAUGCUACAUGUAGCCCACCGGGUACAAUAAAAACUGCAAAUCAGAAUGUUGAUCUUUUAAAGCUUUUCAUUGGUACAAGACAAUAAAAUGAGGAUCCAUAUAUUGUUGGUUGAGGGACCACAAAAGAGCCCUCACACAAGAAGGAAGCAUUAACAUGACGGAGGAGGUACCAUGUUAUUCUACAGAAAAUUAGUCAGAGCUCAUCAUCACCAGCUUACUACUACAGGGUUCCUAUCUAAUCAUUAAUUGGCCAUCGUGCUAUUAAUUGAACCAGCACUUCUGACGUGUUUCGAGGUCACUUCCAUGGGGAGUUUUGGCACAUCAUCCUUCAGUUGCCAGGCAGCACAACCCCAUAUAUUUUUCCUCCAAAGUAAGUUCCACUGUGUGCAAUGCAGCUUACACCUCGGUAAGCGUGCAUAUGAUUGCAAACUGAAUGUCUGAUCUUCAUCCAUGCGGAAUACAGUGAAGGCCAGGCAACUGUAAUGCAAGUGAGCUUCCUGGCCAACCUAUUUUACCUUCCCAGCACCAACUCAAGAGGAUGUCGAGCUGCUUUAAGCUGUAUACAGUCCAAUGCUGUAAAGAAAAAUAUUGCAUAGGACAGUGUUCUCGAAGCUACCAGCAUGAGUUUGACCAAACUGCGGGAGGCAGUGGAAGACAGGAGUGCCUGGCUUGCUCUGGUCCAUGGGGUCACGAAGAGUCGGACACGACUAAACUACUAAACAACAACAACAAUGGUGUACAGCUCUAGUAUAGAGAUAAUUCAGUAUGACACAGAAUUUGUCUUCAGGAAAGUGUGGUGUGCACACUGGUUGCUGUGGAAAGCUAUCUUGGUAGUGUUAGAUUUCCUGUCUUUGCUUAUGAACCAAAGCGCCUGGCCUUAAUGUAAUGUGUCAGUGAUUCCUUUCUUGAGUUUCAUAAUUAGUUAAUGGUACAGUGCUGUCUCACAAAAGGAACUCCAAUGACAACUAAAUUCAACAGAGAGUGAAUUAAUCAGGCAAAUGGCCAUGAAUGUGAAUGCUUUGUGUACCAGGAUGAAACCCUCAUCGCAGCUAGAUAUUGGAAUCCCUGGCAGCACUCGUCUCAUUUAUCAACAUAGAAUUUAAUCCUGGAGCUUAAAAGUUAUUGAUAUUCCAGUUGGGAUCCAGAUUCAAAUCUGACCUAGCAGGUAGGGGAGAAGAAGAGAAGAAGAGUUUGGAUUUGAUAUCCCGCUUUAUCACUACCCGAAGGAGUCUCAAAGCGGCUAACAUUCUCCUUUCCCUUCCUGCCACAACAAACACUCUGUGAGGUGAGUGGGGCUGAGAGACUUCAAAGAAGUGUGACUAGCCCAAGGUCACCCAGCAGCUGCAUGUGGAGGAGCGGAGACACGAACCCGGUUCCCCAGAUUACGAGACUACCGCUCUUAACCACUACACCACACAAGGUCCUAGGGAAAGGUCUACCUGUUACUCAUCUCUUGGUACAGGGAUGGGAGAUAUGCAGUUAUCCAAAUUUUGUAUGUCAGCAACUUCCAUCAUUCCUCACCAUUGACCAUGCUGGGGCUAAUGGGAGCUGGAGUCCACCAUCAUCUGGAAAAUUACAGGUUCCCUAUCCCUGUCUUAAUGGGAGUUGUGGCAAAGCUCUAAUAAUACAAAAGCUGACAAAGGAAAAUAAGCUAAAUGUUCUGGUGUCUCUAAGGAGUCAGGGUGAAGCAACAUCUUCCCCCCAUCAUUGAGACCUUUACCGUUUGGAUUUAUGUAUUUAUUUCCUUUAUAUCUUGCCUUUCUUCCAGGGGGCUAAAGGUGGGUCACCCCCUUCCAUUUGCAUCCUCUCAACAACCCUGUGUGGCUGAAAUAUAGUGAAAUUAGCCUAGGCAACUAAACUGUGUCUCCCCACCCCUAGUCUGAUUUGAUAACCAUUAUAUCAUUUUACCACUACACCACACUGAAAAGGUAUCUAGUAAUUGCACUUAGGCUGUCCAUUUUCUCUGCUUCAGAAAUCUAGAUUUCUAUCAUAUAUGCAGCUCAAAAAGGGUUUUUUGCUUCUGUCCUGAAUGUUUGCAUUUGCUCCCUGAAGAUAAAGCUCAAGGUGACAGGACCACAUACAGCACCGUCAAGCCAAGCAUCCCAUUGAGGCAAGAAGAGCUCAUCCUAUUGCAGGAGCAGGUGAAGAAGGGGAUACUUUCUGUGGAUGAAGCUCUGGAGAAAUUUAAAGAAUGGCAGAAUCACAGAAGUGGAUUAGAAGCGACCCAGCAGGUAGAAGCCUCAUGUAUUUUGUGUGGUGGUUACAAGCUAGCUGCUAUGUUCAUCAAGAUAUCUCUGCUCUUUUAGUGGGUUUCACAUUUUUCUUCUUCUCCUGUGUUGUGUGUUUUCAAACCUGAGUUGGGUGUACCAGUGUUAGACACAUAGGGAGCUUCCUUGUGCCAAGCCAGUCGCUUGGUCCAUGAGGUCCAGUAUUAUCUUCUCUGGCUGUCAGCAUCCCUCCAGGAUCUCAGGCAGUGUCAGAGACCAGGCUGAGGAGUGCUGCUCUGAUGAGGAAUGGUGGGAGCCUCCCCCUCCCCCUGACCAGGAUCCUGAAGCUGCCCAGGAGCAGUGGAGCAGUAUAGAUUUGGAGCAGUGGUUUGCAGAGUUUGCAGAGCUGGGCAGAGUUGAGUGGGGAACAGCUAGGAGAAUAAGAACUGAGAAGAAGAGAGUUAACAGACUCUGGUUCACUGGAAUGUGUCCAGCCGCUCAGUCCAAGGUCAAAGAGAUUAGAUAAGGUAGCUACAUAGAAGGCAUAGUGGUUGUGAGAUCAGGUUGCAAGACAAGGAAGGGACGAGGGAGGAAGUAGGUGGAAACCUUAAUUGGGAGACCUUUACUUUGAGAAUGGACUCUUUGUUCUUUCGCUGUGAUAACUAAAAUAUCUUUAAAUGGUAAGAGACUCUCUUCACUUUGUUCUGCUUAUCCACAGCCAAAGGGAGGGAGGAAGCUGCUUCCCCAAAACCUGACAGGCAGAGGCCUUUCCAUCCCUUGCCACCUGAUCUGUUUUACUGGAGAUGCCAUGAACUGAACCUGAGAUCACCUGCAGGCAAAGCAGACAAUUCUGCCACUGACCUGCCCCACUCUUGUGAAUAGUUCUACAUAUAGCCAGGAUACAAAUCAAAUCUUAGGACUUUCAUGACAUGCAUGCAUUUUUAAUGACCACAUCCACAUGGGUUUCUCAUAGUUAGGGGUGGGGGAGAAAUUUGAAUCAAUUCACAUUCAAAGGCAAAUCUAGCUAAUUCACACUUUCCAUACAAUGUGCAGGCAGAAAUUCAACCAUCCUUCAAAUUUUGCAGUUAUCCAAAUUUUGCAGUGUCGUUCUGCAACCCAGUAAUGUGUACAAAAAUACGUCUACCAUGCAAAAUGUUGCAUAAAAUGCAUACAUUGGUGCAAAUAUCCUAAAAAAUGCAUUACACUAUGGAAAAUUGUUUGCAAAAGUGUGUAUAUUAGGAGAAUAUAUUGGGGCUGAUUUUCAGAGUGAUUAUACAAGUGAUGGUAAUGCCAAACAGGAAGCAAACGAAAAAUCCCUCAAAUAAGUCUCCAAGGUUUACAGUGUCCUUGUUUGAAUGUUAUGUGAAAGUUGGUUUAAGGAACAAACAUAUUUUCACUAAAACUAGGCCCUUAAAAGAUGAAAGGGAGGAGAGGGACAAGAGUACAUGGUCACAGGGCUCAUUCCCCAUCUGUUAAAGCAUAGUUUAUUAGACCAAAAGAGCAACAUCAGGAUUGGAUUUAUAUGUGGGAUUUUGCAAUGUUCUUAAUGAGUGUGGGUGUGGGUUUGGCCACAACUGCUGCACCGCCUGCAUUGACUCUCUUAGUUUAUUUGUAAUAUAUGUAAUAUUGCAGAAGUUUCUUUCUGGAGUCCACCUCACCAUUUGCAUUUGAGUGUUCAUAGAGAUUAGCUAGAUUUAAGGAGCUCUGAAAACACUGAGACUUCACAUAGUUGCAAUUCAUUUUCCAUCAUUGUCCAAACAGACGAACUAUGGUGAAUGUUAACUCUGGUUGGAAACAAGCCAAAUUCAAGCCAUGGUUUAGCAUGACAUCCAAACCAUUAUGAGAAGCCUUGACUUGUCCUUCUCUGAGACAACUGGAGUGAUUGGGCAGCAAAACUAAAGUUGACAGAACAAAGCUGAACAGGUUCUUCCUAAUAACUCAUUGUUCUUGGGUGGUUACAAAUACUUCUUUCUUAUUUUGGCCAUGAAAUUCAAGGUAGCUGCCCAUAUGGAUGGCAAUUAUUGCCUCUUGAGGGAGUGGGUGGCAGCUGUGGAGAUAUUGCAUUUGCUCUUAGAGAAAACUUUCCAGAGAUAUUUAUGUAUCAUAACUCUACCAAAAUUCUCUUUUAAAACACAGAGAGGGAGAGAUUCCGCCCCCCAAUGUCUUUUAAAAUGAUUUCCUGUGCUAGGAAGCUUAAGCGUGCAGAAUACUAAAAAGCCCGACUCCUCCAGCUACUCAUUCAUUAUUUUUAACAAUCAACUGCAGCUAUUGAUUUUUGUUGUUGUUUGUGUGUUUGUUUCUUACUUAAGGAAAAAAUACGCCAGCUCAGAGACUCUAUUAUCAGAAAAAGACCGGAGGAGGAAAGCACGUAUGGUAAAUUACAUUUAACUAGCAUUUCAAUAAGCUGCAGAAGGGAACUGUAUAUAUAUUUUUUUCAAGGUCUGAACCAAAGACUAGUGAAGCCCAUGGAAAGGCUUUGAUAGGCUUCUCCAUAGUUUUGUGACAAUUUGUCAAAUACGGAGACCUGCCUUCCCACAGAAGAACACAAAAUGAUUCAUAAUAGUAAUUAUGAGCAGCUGUGUGGAAUGCCAAAAUUAUAGGCAAUGGAAUCAAGAAACGUGUUUUGAACAGCAAUUCAGUAUUUUUGGACCAGGAAACCCUCUGUUUAUACCAGGGAUGCUCAAAGUUUGAAUCAGGCCUCCCUAACAAGUUAUAGAGAGUUGUCAGGGGCCGAACAAUCCCUGCCCUGAACUAUUCCAGUUUGUGUCUUAGUUGCCACAACUCAUCAACAAAAACCAAGCGCUACAGAAAGGUUGGCAGAAACAUGGAGAGGGCUGGAGGGCAGCUUUCUAUGGUUGCUCCCAGACAGGAGAAGGAAUAGCAGUGAUCACUUUAGAGGUGAUUCACAGUACUCUGUAUCCCUCGCCUUCUUUAGUCCGGGGUUGGUAAGAGACUGUGAAAGAAUACAGUCUGCGUUUUUCAGCAUGAAAAGUGGUUUUUUUUCCAUGGGAAGGGCUUUUGUAUCCCUGUGGGACCUUUCUCUUACCUGGCCUGCCACUAGGUAUGGGGGAGAGUUUAACUUUGUUUCCAUUUCAAGGUGAACUUAACUACUUCACACUUUCUGAAAGAAUAUGAGAACCAAAACACAGCCAUCCUUUGAAAGCCACACAUCUCCGAAUUUUGCAAUGCAGUUCUCCAGCCAAGCAAUGUGUACAAAAACGCAUAUACUAGUGCAAAGCAUGCAUAUAAGUGUAUGUAUUAGUGAACAUAAUGUACCAAAAAGCAUUACAUUACGGGAAACUGCUUUGCAAAAGUGUUCAAAUUGGGGGAAACUGCAUACAAAAAAAAUGUACAUAUUAGAAUUCACACAAAAAUGCUGAUAAAUGUUCAUGAGGACUUUAACAAAAAAAAAUUUCAAACUGAUGUAGAAGUGUGGAGAACUUGAUUUAAAAUUAGGAAAAAGGAGAAAGUGAGAGAAACCAAAAUGGAUAUAUUGGCCCAAUCCUGAUAUGCCAACUUCCACUUUCAGUGCCACACUAGUGUAGAUAAGACCACAGUGCAGGGAUGCAGAGCCUUUUAAGUAUCAUUGGACACCAGUUCCCAACAUCCCCAUCCAGCAGGGCUAAUGAUCAGGGGUGACAGGAGCUGAAGGACUGCAGGCUCCUCAUCCCUGGAAUAAUGGAAAAAAAUAUGAAAUUCUGAGGUAGAUCUAUGCUCACAAUUCUAUGAAUGCAGAUCAAAUGGCAUUUGGGGAAAGACUCGACUAAAAAAACCCACAUGACCAGUUGUUGUAACCACAUUUUGGCUUACUUUUCUUCCUAACAGACAAAAUCACCAUUAUUCACCAUCCAGAUGGUAAGUUCCAAUACCUUUACCUCAUAAAUCACGCCUACAGCCAGUCUACAAGGUGCCUCCUGAAUAGGCAUCUACUGAAUAGUAUUUUUUUGGUUAAAAAAAAAUAGAUGUGGUGCUGGUACUCACUUUUCUGGUGACUACCAUCACAAGAAAGCAGUUUGUUUGUUUGUUUGUUUGUUUGUUUGAGCGCUGAUCCAAAGAUUUUCUACCCACCUCCAUUUUGCCAAAUUUGAGAUGGGUAAAGCUUGAUAAAGUGUGGUACAUAACCUUAGUAAACUUCAGGUUGUGGGGGCAUACCAGGAAAGGUCAUUGGACAUCUUCUUCCUUCUUCAUUUGUUUACCCAUCAUUGCAAAUUAAUUGAGCUCUUCCCUCCAGCAAUGCACUCUUGGAAUAUUAUGGUGUCAUUUGUUAAUUAAAAAUAAAAAGGGGAGGAGAACAGGCAUCAGGUCUGGGGUCUAAUGCAAAUGUCCCUGUGAACCACCCUCUAACAAAGCUGGCAUUCAGGUGUCCCUUCCAUGGCAAAGAGCUCAACAACUAGGGUACCACAACUAAGGUAGCCUUGGGGCUGUUCUUUUGACAGCAGAGGUGCUCAGAAGAGGGCACCUUCAGGAGAUCUCUUUUCAUAGGAAAAGAUAUAUGGGAGGAAGCCUUCCUUCAAGUAGAUGAGGCCCAUAUUAUGUAAGGCUUUAAACCUUGUGUAUGCUAGACUCUUAUCUUAAUUGGAUUGCCUGCUGUAAGACAAAUAUAUCAGUACCAAACAGCUCCAAACCAGCUUGACGCUAAAAGUUGCAAGCCUUUUCUUAUUUUGAUAGUUCCCGUGGCAAGACGAAAAGCAAGUCUCAGUGCUGAAGGCAUUGUGUACACCCAUCCAUUUCCAAAGCAGGUAUGUAUCAAGAUUUCCCAAAAAUUGUGUGUUUUAUUUCUGAAGUUAAAUUUCAGAAGUGCUGAUUCUGAAGCAUAUGUUUCCCCAUAUCGAUCAUUAAAUGCUAAUAUGUUAGAAUGAAUGUCCUACAGUCAAUUAGGAAGUGCUGAAAAUAAAUGCCAUCCUGAUGUCAGACCUCAAAACAUCAUUCUGUGGCCCCACACACCUUUUCUGAAAACAUUUACUGUAUACCUCCAAUGGCCCAUAUGAGCAUUUAUUGCAGAAUUUGUUGUUUAGUCGUCUUAGUCAUGUUCGACUCUCCGUGACCCCAUGAACCAGAGCAUGCCUUGGAAACUCACACUUUCUUUUUUUUUUUAUAAGAUAUUUAUUAGGAUUUUUAAAAUAUUACAAUAAAAAUGAAAAGAAAAAAAAAGAAAUACAAAAUAAAAAUGAUUAAAAACACUCAGAUUUUCUAUUGCUUAUUUUUCCUUAGCUUGUUUCCCGGACCUCCUCAUACCUCCCUUUUUUGUAUUCCAGUUCAGUUUGUUGGUUCAGCAAAUCCUUACCCUCUUUGUUUAUCCUAAUCUUUAGUCUUAAAAUAGUAACUUUAGAUUUUUAUCUCUUAACAACCCAUUUUUCAUGUUCCCUUAAAGCAUUACAGCUGGAAAUCACUUAAUUUCUAUCCAACAUCGUUCUAACAUUCAUUAAUUUUACAAUAUUUCUGUAGAUAAUCUUUGAACUUCUUCCAAUCUUCUUCCACCGACUCUUCUCCCUGGUCUCGGAUUCUGCCAGUCAUUUCUGCCAAUUCCAUAUAGUCCAUCACCUUCAUCUGCCAUUCUUCCAGAGUGGGUAGAUCUUGUGUCUUCCAAUACUUUGCAAUGAGUAUCCUUGCUACUGUUGUGGCAUACAUAAAAAAAGUUCUAUCCUUCUUUGGCACCAAUUGGCCGACUAUGCCUAGGAGAAAGGCCUCUGGUUUCUUCAAGAAGGUAUAUUUAAAUACCUUUUUCAAUUCGUUAUAAAUCAUCUCCCAGAAAGCCUUAAUCCUUGGGCACGUCCACCAAAGGUGAAAGAAUGUACCUUCAGUUUCUUUACAUUUCCAGCAUUUAUUAUCGGGCAAAUGAUAGAUUUUUGCGAGCUUGACUGGGGUCAUGUACCAACUGUAUAUCAUUUUCAUAAUAUUCUCUCUUAAGGCAUUGCAUGCCGUAAACUUCAUACCUGUGGUCCAUAACUGUUCCCAGUCAGCCAUCAUUAUGUUAUGUCCAACAUCUUGUGCCCAUUUAAUCAUAGCAGAUUUCACCGUUUCAUCCUGAGUAUUCCAUUUCAACAGCAAGUUAUACAUCUUUGACAAAAUCUUAGUUUUGGGUUCUAACAGUUCUGUUUCUAAUUUUGAUUUUUCCACCUGGAAACCAAUUUUCUUGUCCAAAUUGUAUGCCUCCAUUAUCUGAUAAUAAUGAAGCCAGUCUCGCACUUUGUUUUUUAAUUUCUCAAAACUCUGCAAUUUCAGUCUAUCUCCAUCUUGUUCCAAAAUUUCCCAAUAUUUCGGCCAUUUGACCUCCAUAUUGAGCUUUUUCAGAGCUUUCACUUCCAUCAGUGACAACCACCUUGGGGUUUUAUUUUCCAAUAAGUCCUUAUAUCUUAUCCAAACAUUAAACAAUGCUUUCCUGACAAUAUGGUUUUUAAAUGCUUUAUGUGCUUUGACCUUAUCAUACCACAGAUAUGCAUGCCAUCCAAAUACAUUGUUAAAACCUUCUAGAUCCAAAAUGUCAGUGUUUUCAAGAAGCAGCCAUUCUUUCAACCAGCAAAAGGCUGCUGAUUCAUAGUAAAGUUUAAAGUCUGGCAGGGCAAAUCCACCUCUUUCCUUUGCAUCAGUUAAUAUCUUAAAUUUUAUUCUGGGCUUCUUGCCCUGCCAGACAAAUCUAGAAAUGUCUCUCUGCCACUUCUUGAAGCAAUCCAUUUUGUCCACAAUUUGCAAUGUUUGAAACAAAAACAACAUUCUAGGCAAUACUUUCAUUUUUAUCGCAGCGAUACGACCCAACAGUGAAAGCUUCAAAUUUGACCAAAUUUCUAAAUCUUUUUUCACUUCAGCCCAGCAUUUUUCAUAGUUGUCUUUAAAUAGAUUCCCAUUUUUUGCUGUCAUGUUAAUCCCCAGGUAUUUCACUUUCUUAACCACUGUUAAACCUGUCUCAUUCUGAAACCUCUCUCCAUUGGUGUUAAAUUUUUCUCUAAAACCUUGGUCUUUAACUUAUUCAGCUUAAAUCCUGCCACUUGACCAAAUUCUUGAAUCAGUUCUAAAACUCUUUUGGUACUAGAUUCUGGCUCCUGUAACGUCAAUACUAAGUCAUCCGCAAAUGCUCUCAAUUUGUACUGUUUGGCUCCGACCUGUAUACCUUUAACCAACCGGUCCCUUCUAAUCUAAUUCAGCAGAACCUCCAGGACCGAUAUAAAAAGCAAUGGGGAAAUUGGGCAACCUUGUCUUGUCCCUUUUUCUAUCCUAAAUUCUUCCGUCACCACAUUAUUUACAAUUAGUUUAGCCUUUUGUUCUGAAUAAAUUGCACUUAUACCGUUUUCAAAACCUUGGCCUACCCCCAUACCCUGUAGGUUCUUCUUCAUAAAACUCCAAGAGAUAUUAUCAAAAGCUUUCUCCGCAUCCACAAAUAUCAAAACUGCUUUGGUAUUUAUGUUCACUUCUAAUUUUUCCAAAAUAUCAAUUAUAUUCCUCAAAUUAUCAGACAAGUGUCUUCCCGGGAGAAAGCCCGCUUGGUCUUUAUGAAUCUCUUCCAUCAAUACUUUUUUCAAUCUCUUGGCCAAAAUGUCUGCAAAAAUUUUGUAAUCCACAUUAAGUAAUGAUAUGGGGCGGUAGUUCUUAAGCUGAGUCUUUUCAGUCUCUGUCUUCGGUAUAAGUGUAAUGUACGCCUCUUUCCAAGACUCUGGUGCCCUUUUCCUUCCAAUAUUUCAUUGCAGACUUCCUUUAAAGGUUGUAAUAACCACUCUUUCAAAGAUCUAUAAUAUCUAGAAGUCAGCCCAUCCGGUCCUGGAGAUUUGCCUAAUUGCAUGUUUUGAAUGGCACCUUCUACUUCCUGUUCAGAUAUUUUGUAGUUCAACAUUAAUUUACUUUCUUGGGAUAUUUUUUGUAAUCCAUUUGUCUUCAGAAAUCGGUCUAUAUCCAUUUCUUUCUGUGGCCCUUGUGUAUAUAGUUGUUUAAAAUACCUCUGGAAACAGUUUCUAAUCUCAGUUGGGUUAUGUAUAUUCUUUCCUUCCACUUCUAAAUUUGUGAUAGUAUUUAAUUUUUGUCUUUUUUUCAUUUGCCAGGCCAGCAAUUUCCCACAUUUGUUAGCUGAUUCAAAUGUUUUUGUCUCAUUUGUUUAAUUUUCCAUUCUAUUUCCUGAUUCAUCAUUUCCAUAUAUUGUACUUGGUAUAACUUUAUUUCUCUCAAAAUCUCCUGCGACUUUGGUUUUGCUCUCAAUUUCUUUUCACUUUCUUUUAUUUUCCCCAAAAUUUUAUCUUUCUUCUCAUUUUGACUUCUCUUCUUUAUUGCAUUUUGUUGUAUCAGAAACCCUCUCAUGACAGCUUUACUUGCGUCCCAGAUUACUCUUUUUUCUACAUUAGUAUGCAUAUUUAUUUCAAAAUAGUCUCUCAAGGUUUUUUGGGCCUUUUUAUACACUUCUUCAUCCCUGAAUAAGGUGUCAUUCAUCCUCCAUCUGAAGGAGCCAGUUGAUGUUAGUUUCAACUCCAUCCUUACCGCAUUAUGGUCGGAGCAGGUUUUUGGGCAGAUUUCCACUUUCUUUAUCUUUGGUGCCAUUCCUCUAGUUACCCAUAUUUGGUCAAUUCUAGUCCAUGUCAUCUUAGCUUCAGAAAAGAAGGUUCCCUCUCUUCCCAAGGGGUUCUUUGUUCUCCAAGUGUCCACUAAAUCAAAAUUAUCUGUCAUCUCAAAGAAUGUUUUCGGUAGUCUACCAUCCUUGGUAACUACCUGUCUUUGUGCCUUAUCCAUGUUUGUAGAUACUACUCCAUUCAUGUCCCCAUCAAAAUCAGAUUGUAAUCCAAAUAAUCCAAUAAGGUCUCCUGCAACUUUUUAAAGAAUUCAGAUUUCCCCUCAUUCGGUGCAUAAAUUCCUACUAUCAAAAAUUUCCCUCCUUGAACUUGAAUUUCAAUUGCCAGAAAUCUUCCUUGGUCGUCUUUAAAAAUAAAUUUCGGUGAUAGUCUCUCCUUUGCAUAUAUCACAACUCCUCUUUUUUUAACUUUGUCAGAUGAGAUAAACUCCUGUCCCAAUCUCUUAUUAACCAGUAGUUUCCUGUGUAACCUUGUUACAUGUGUUUCUUGUAGACAAAUCAAGUCCAAUUGUUCCUUUUUUAGUAAGUGAAAAACACUUUUUCUCUUCCGAGGAGAGUUCAAACCAUUACAAUUCCAACUUAACAGUUGCAGAGCCAUUAUGGGGUUACUUCGCUUUACCUCCAACUGCGCCAAGUGUCUGUUCUUGUUCUGUCAGUGGUGUCUCUUUCUCUGGACCAUGCAAUCCAAAAGAUAAGUUUGCUAUGUCUAGUAUUCCUUUUUCCAGUACUUUUGGCUCUUCUCCGGAUUCCACUUCUUUCUGUAGAUCUUCUCUGUGAUCCCUCAGAAACCUAUCUUUAUCAUUGACUGAUCUUAUUUUUAUCUUUCUUCCUUUAUAUUUAAAGGACAGGCCUUGAGGAAAUUCCCACCUAAAGAUGAUUCUGUUUCUUCUCAGCAGGGCAACCAGAUCUCCGUAGUUGAGCCUUAAGUCCAAAAGAUGUUUUGGAAUGUCCUUGAAUAUCUCCACACUUGAGUCGUAAAUUUCCAAAGUCUUUUGGUAAUGCAGAUUCAAGAUUUUGUCUCUCUCCUCUUUUGUUCGAAGGGUAAUCAAGCAGUCUCUCACCUUGUUCCUCCUUCCUCCUCUUCCAAGUCUAAAUGCACUCACUAUCUUAAAUUCUUCCUUCCCCAAAUCCUGUUGCCAGAAAUCUGUGAAUUCCUGCGUAAGAAAAUCAGCCAAAUUGUCUUUCUCACGUUCUGGUACAGCCCUGAUUCUUAAAUUUCUUUGUUUCUCUUUCAAUUCAAUCAUAGACAAUGUCAAACCGUGGUCCUCCAAUUGCUUAUAUACCGGUGGUAUCUUCUCUUGAGUAGCAGUUGCUAUAUCUUUUGCUUCUUCAGCUAUCUUUCGGGUCGAAGCAGAUUCCUGUAGUAAUUUUUCAAUAGACUCUGUGUUGGUAUUCACCUUCUGUCCCAAAUUAUUGAUGCUUGUAGUAUUCUGGUCAAUUUUAACUGAUGCUUCAGCUACUUGUUUAUUUGUUUCAGCUACUUGUUUAGCUAAAUUUUCCAAAGAUUCAUUAAUUUUUCCAAGUGCCUGUGCCAAAACGUCUUCGGACGACAUAACUUUUGGUUUAACCUGUGGAGGUGCAGCCCCUGGUAUUCCAGAUGGUCGAGAUGUUGAAGCCCUUCGCUGCAACGCAGUGUCUGUCCGAUAGGGUCUGCCAGACCUGGUAACUUUUUCCUGCACUAACUCUAACUUUCCUCUUCCAUCUGCCAUAACACUCUCAUGAGAAUCCAAGGUCGAUCCCACGGCUGGAAAUUUGUUUUGGAAUGGAAAAUUCCUCUAGCCCAGUUGUUAUUGUAGCAAUGUCAAGCCUCCUCUAGGGGGACACAGUGACAGCCAAAGCUUGCAACUUUUAAAAAAGAAAAUAGUCCUAAUAAGUCCCCCAAUUCACAUAAAAACAACAGUUUCAGUUGCACUUAAUCAGUUACUUUAAAACCAGGAGAAGUUCAGAAACACUGUAUCUCUUUUGCAGAGUUAGCUGUCAAAAGUCCUCUGCUUACCGAUAGGCUUUCCACAGAGCGGCAUUCCUUAUCUCGGGGCAGUCCGUUCCCAGGUUUUAGUCGGUGGAUUUUAGCUUCCUUUUCCCCUUUUAUUUGCAGAAAAAUACAGUUCAAACCUCUCCCCCCUCCUCUCCUGCAAUCCGGAGGGGAGAUCGCUUUCCAGAUGUUAAGAUUUAAGACUUUUUUCAAGCGUCUUUCCGAGUUUCCGCUUACAGUCUCUUUGCUUUGAUCUAUUUACAAGAAAGGAAGGCAGACUUCCUGUUUAUACCUUCCCGCUUCGGUGCCGAAUUAGCUUGUUUUUUUCCCUUUAGAUCCAAUUUAAUCCUACUCACGGGUAGUUGCUUUCAAAGUCAAAUUGUCCCAGGAAAAAGUCAGCGCUCUCUGAUAACGGCUAUGCGGCUUCACUCCGCGGAAGAAGCAGUCGACUCUCAGCACCGCGCCGUUCACCCCGUCUCGCUCCGGAGCCCUUAAAAGGGUCCCUUUGCAACUUGGGGUGGCGCAAAAGGUGCCCGCCGAGUCCCCACGUUCACAGGCUUCGCCCGCCUGUGAUUUUUAAAGGGCCCCCGCUUCGCCGCAGCGGUAAGACCCAAUCCCGCGGAGCUGGUCCCUCAGAGACUCAGAGGGAAUCCGCCAUUAUCGAUGGCGCCAACCCGGAAGUCCCGGAAACUCACACUUUCUUCUCAAAGCUUCUCCUUUUUUAUGUCCAUGGAGUUUUCUUGGCAAAAUACUGGAGUGGUUUGCCAGUUCCUUCUCCAGGUGGAUCAUAUUUGGUCUAAACUCUCGGCUAUAACCUGUCUGUCUUGGGCGGCCCUGCACAGCGUAGCUCAUAGUUUCUUGGAGUUAUUCAAGCUCCUUUGCCACGACAAAGCAGUGAUCCAUGAAGCGGCCACAUUUAAAUCCUAUGAUGUCAUGAAGAAAGCACUCCCCUCUUGUGCUUUCCUUGUCCAGAUCCCCACCCUGCUCUUCUAAAGCAAUUAUAUUUAAUGUCAUAGCAUCAUUACGGAGAAAGGAGGAUAGGCAGCUUCCAUCCAGCAGCCAUUUAGAGAUACUCAAGUAGUAGCAGUAAGCUUUAUCCUCCUCCAAAUGUUGCCACUGCCCCUAAAAUUUGGUGGUGGGUUUUGUCCCCCAGCUUUUUUACCCACACCCCCAUGCUCCCAAAAUUGGAGAGGUGUGUUCCAUGUUGCUUGGCAGUCCCAUUCUGGACCACUUCUGUAAGCUUUUCAAAGGCAGAACCACAUAGGAAAUCCAACAGUAACAAGUCAUAUGUAAGGUAACAAGGCAUAUGUAAUCACUGCCAGAUGCUUCUUUGGUUUUAAAUUUUUAUUUAAAAAAAAAAAUUAUGUCAAUAGCUACCACUUCCAGAUCCUUACCAGUGUUCAUGAACAGCAUGUGUUAUUUCAGACUCUGCUUUGAAACCCACCAGGGAAAGAGCAGGCGUUUCCUGAUAACAGAGGUAAUGGCAUAUAUACAACGCACUUUGCAAACGGACAUCGCUUAACUCCCUAUUCUUCUUUGGUUCAUUUUCAUUAAUAAACCAGCUUCUUUCCUUUACUUUAUUGAACGCUUGCUGGAUAUUUGAAAUGUUUAAGGCAGGCAGAAGAUCAGAGCGAUUUUCAGGAGACUUCUUUUAUUAUUUUACUUUAUAUUUCAGACUUCUAAGCCACGUCGCAGCCAGAAGUUAUCAAAACAGGGUACAGUAAGAUAACCAAGACAGACAAAAUGAGAAAGAGAACAUGGUUCUCUGGCUCCAAAUUAUUUAGCAACAAAAAGGUUCCCCUCCCGAAAUCGGGUGGCUGAAACAAAGAAAAGCUAAGUUCUCCCUCCACUGCUAGAGGCAGUAAGCCUGUGGAUGUUAUUUGCUGGGGGGUAACAAGUGGGGCGGGUGCUGUUGCAGGCAGUUCCUGCUUUGGGGCUUCUCAUGGCAUCUGGAUGACCACUGUGAGGACAGGAGGCUGGACUAGACAAGCUACUAGACUAAUCCAGCAGAUGGGCUCUUCUUAUUUUCUUACGUAAAGAAUGCCCACGGUAAACCCAGAGGUGGAUUUUUGUGUGAAACAGGAAUGUGGGCUCAGUUCUGCUACUGAAAGGAAAUAUAUGAGCCAGUGUACUGUAACCUGAUUCAAUAAAGGAAAAUAGGCGUCCGUAUAAAUUACAGUGGUACCUCAGGUUAAGAACUUAAUUCGUUCUGGAGGUCCAUUCUUAACCUGAAACUGUUCUUAACCUGAAGCACCACUUUAGCUAAUGGGGCCUCCCGAUGCCGCUGCGCCAUUGCUGCACGAUUUCUGUACUCAUCCUGAAGCAAAGUUCUUAACCCGAGGUACUAUUUCUGAGUUAGCGGAGUCCGUAAUCUGAAGCAUCUGUAACCUGAAGCGCCUGUAACCUGAGGUACCACUGUACUAGCUGCUUUAGGGCCACUAUAGUGCAUGUGUGGGUGUCAGUGUCCUUUUACAAGGCUGUAUUUUCAGCCCACCAAUGGGUUAAACUAUAUUGUCUUCCAGAAUUUCAAAGGUUUGGAAUUCUGAGAAUGGCUGAAACAUUAAUUAACUAUCUGAUCAGUGCAGGAUGCAUUAGCUGUCAUUUAAAAGCUGUGCCUUACAUAUCUUAGCUACCAUUGCCUUCCCCUCCAGCAAAAAAUUUCCCAUGGUCUUCUUAAUGAGGAUGACCUUCUUACUUGGGGCAUCUCAUUAUUCCAUUCUGCAGGAAUUCUUCUUCCUUUUUAAAAUAGCUUUCUCCUCCCUGCCACUGUACAUUGCAUCAAAGGGGUGUUGUUUUAAAUUAUUAGUCCUGCUACCUGUGUCUCAUUUUCUAAUUAUUUCUUUUCUACAUUCAUUAUUCCAUCAGGUAAACAUGCCGAGAGAUAUAAGUUAUUAGAUUUGACCACACAAGGGAGAAAAUAUAUGAGCACACUUUUAGAAGUUGUAUGCUGGAUGCUUCUUUCCUAUAAAUUUUGAGCUGUUAGUUAUUUAAAGGUCUAGAUAUUUUGCACCCCCAUAUUUAUCUGUGUUUCUAAUGCUAACCCUAAGAAUCAGCAACAGUUUAAGGGUGCUUCCAGAGGACCUAUUUAUUCUGCCUUCAUUCUGAUUUGUGUGCCGGGAGAUUAAGCAACAUUCUCGCCUGAAUAAACAUUUGUUCUAUUUUGUUUGCAUGGAGGUGAGAUGGCUUUGCAUCAGAGCAACUGCUAUCCCACACUCUCCAGGACAUUUUACCACCACAUCCGUUAUCACAAAAAGUCCAGUCUUUUGAGGAAGCAGGUUUGUUGCACAAGACCACCCCAUCAGCUGUAAUUGUGCAAUUAGAAUUUCCUGGUAUGUGCUUGCAUCCCACUCCAAAAUAGCAAUAGUGUAGAACCUGAGAACACAUCCCAUGCUCUGAGUUUAUGUCGCGGAGCAUAAUAUUAUAUGUAUAACAGUACAUAUAAUAAAGACUAUAAUACCCAUUUUGGGGUAUUUUUAGCAGAACCUAACGGGGAAAUCUCACUUCUCAUCAGCUUAAAGGAGCAAGACAGGAAUUAGAAACCCAUGCAGACAAACUUGCCAUUGAGGGUUUCAGCAAAUUUUAUUACUGAGUGGGGGUGGGGAGCUAAGCAUUGAAAGCUGGCCAAUAAGUCUUUUGUUUUAUUCUUAUAUGCUGGCCUGGUAACAGUUUGCCCAGUAAUUGUGUCUUUUUCACCAUUCUCUUUAGAGCAGAUUGUUGGACCCCUUGCAGCGAUCAUUCUGCAUCACCAGGAGAUGAUCCAAGUUUCAGCAAACUCUGCUGCACUAAGUUGAGCCUUGAAGACUGGAUAAGCAAAAGUCCCCACCCAACAGGCCUCCUUUUCAAAUGUUCCUCUUGCCUUUGUUUCGGUGGAGUCUGCAAACAAAUUAACAGGGGCAAAACAAAUGAUGUUUUCAUUCCGCUGGGGAACCCCUAGCGGAGGCUUGCCAGGCAUCCCCCCACUUAGCCAACACAGCACUUUUGACCAAGCCACACCCACCUAACCUACACCUGACACCAUAUAAGGCAUGGGGAGUGGAGCAGGUAGAACAGGUAGAAGACAAAAGGGAGUUUGCAGGCACCACCAAUCAGUGCCUGCAAAGCCUGAUGCAAAGUGCUCUAUAAUAUAGUGCUUUGAAAGGCGCUUUCAAGGUCCUCAGAAACCUACUUCAAAGUGCCGUCUUGCACAGUGCUUUCCAAAGUGACCAUAAGUUAUUGGACAAUUAUACAAAUUGAGCUCUUAAAAGCAACAAAAACCUUUGUCACCAAUAAGUUCAGAGGCGGGACGUUUUUUAAUGGUUCGCUGCUUGUAAUUGUCAUAUGACUGCUGCCACCCCAACAUAUCCCACCAGAACUUAGCGUUAAAUGAACUUACUGGCACCUGCCUAACCGUCCUGAUACAUGACGCUGCAACAUGGCUUCUGUUUCAAGCAAGAGAAGUGAGAGACGUGUCAAUUAAAAUGAACAGGCCAGGGAAUAAGGCAUGAGAGCUUUGCCAUUGUCAGCAUUCUGUAUACAUUUUUCCAAAUGUUUCAUGUGCAUUUCAUUUCUGUAUAUUGCUAUGUGCCCUCAUUGACAAAGAAUAAGGAGGUAUACAUGAAACUGAAUAAAUUAUCAGUCCUGCUAUUGACAAA